AUGAAGGAGUUCUCGUACGAGGAGGUGGAGGCGGCGACGGGCGGAUUCGUGGCGAAGAACCUCGUGGGAAAGGGCAGCCACGGCAGCGUGUAUAGGGCCAGACUGAGGGGAGGCGGCCGCAGGAUGGCCGUCGUCGCCGUCAAGCGGCCGUCGCACGCGCAGGGGGAGGCCAAGCUCGCCAACGAGAUCGCCGUGCUCUCGACCGCGCCGCGCCACCCGGGGGUCAUCGGCAUCGUCGGGGUGUCGUCAUCGCCGCAGCCGCCGGCCGCGUCGGGGCCUCGGUUGCCCCCGCUGCUCGUCAUGGAGUUCAUGCCCAACGGGUCGCUGCACGACCUGCUGCACCGGUCGCCGAGGCCGCCGCCGUGGCCGCGCCGCGUGGAGAUCGCACUGGACGUGGCGUGCGCCGUGCAGGCGCUGCACGCCGCGGCGCCGCGAGUCAUCAUACACCGGGACGUCAAGUCCGCCAACGUCCUGCUCGGGCGCGACGGCCGCGCCCGGCUCGCGGACUUCAGCCUCGCCGUCAGCGUCAAGACCGUCGUCCACGCGCCACCUGGAGCUGCUGGAGCCUGCGGCGGCGGCGAGGAGAAGGACGACGACGACGACGACAACGACGAAGACGAAGAAGGCGGCUCGGCGGCGUCGGCGGGGCCAGCCCCGGCGGGCACGAUCGGGUACCUGGACCCCUGCUACACGGAGCCCGGGCGGCUGGGCCCGGCGAGCGACGUGUUCAGCUUCGGCGUGGUGCUCCUGGAGCUCGUGAGCGGGCGCAAGGUGAUGGACUUCAACUCGUGCCCGUCGUCCAUCGUGUCCUGGGCCGCGCCGCUCAUCGGCGCCGGGCGCGCGCGGGAGGUGCUCGACGCCAGGGUGGCCGCGCCGCCCACGGCGCGCGCGAACCGCGCGGUGGCCCGCGUCCUCGCCCUGGCGGCGCGGUGCGUGUCGGAGACCGUAGAGCGGCGGCCGGCCAUGGACGAGGUGGUCUCCGAGCUGCGCGGCGCCCUCGAGAGCGCCGGGUGGUGGUGGCACCACCACCGCGGCGACAGCGGCGGCGUGGUGGAGCGGGUGUGCAGGCGCGUCGCGUCGUGGGGGCAGCGCGUCAGGAGGAGCAAGCGGGUGAGGGCGACCAAGGUCGAGUGCACCGAGCACUCCGGCAGCAGCGGGGCGCACGACGAGGCUCUGUCAUCGCAUCGGAAGAACGGCAUGAUGAGCGGCACGGCGCACUCAGAUGGAUCGAAGGCGAAAGAGAGUGCUUUGAAUGGAUUCGAGAGCGAGCUGGAUCUCGUUUUCAGUAGUUGA